AGAGUCAGUCAGUUUUUUUUUAACGGGGAGUCAUUAUAAGGACUGUAUCCAUAACAUAACUCAUUCCUUCCGAGAAACAAACAAACGACAACUCGUGUAUUUUUCAAACAUGGCGAAAUUGUUCAGCUCUAUUAGAUUCUGAUCGUCUUCCUGAAACUACGUUUCAGCGUCUUAUCGCAAAUUUUUAAAAAUGAAGCUUUUAUGCUAUAAGGCACAGCUGAUCUCAACGGAAAACAACUUUUCGCUUCGCUUAUACCGUCAAAAUACGAGUGAAUUUUCAUCUGAUUUCCAUCGUUGACAAUGGAUACAAUCAUGGAAGGUCCGGAGCGGACGUCGGAUAAAACCGCGGUCCAGCGGUCCGAGGGCGGCGGCAUGCUUAUCUUGCCGUGGACAAAGCAAAUAUUGUGUGUACUUUGGGAGCAUCUGAGACUACUCCUUCAUGUGGUGUAUUACAGCUUCUUGGCGGUGUUCCAGAUGUUCCGCCUGGAAGUGCACUUGAGAAUAACGGACGAGGCGGGACAUCCUCGCGUUCAGCACGUGAGCGCAUCUGGAGGCCCCGCGGAAUCCUUUUUCCUCAACUCUUUGUUCGACGGGAGUGGCAGCGUGUUUAUGCCCGGGUCUGGCUCGCUGUCCAAGCGCGGCGUUAACACCUAUGCGGGCGCUUCCCACGCCGGGGCGCUCCUGUCCAGCUUCGGUGCCGAAGACCUGUGCCUCAGUCUCGUGGACGAUUUUGUCAUCCGCGCGCAAGAAAGUUUAUCGGACGACACCCGCGAUGAUUUCUGUCUGGGCCAUCACCCGGCCUGGAAACGGAACGGUCCCGCCGACUGGGAGGUACGGGUUACCGAAGAAUGCCAGCGCGAGGCGGAAGCCUGUUGUUCCAGCGGCAGAACUGUGAAAGUCGAGGAGGCUGUUCCAGACCGUGAUGCCACUGUAGAGAAGAGCGACUCUUUUUGGGAUGAGGAGGAGGAAGAAGAAGCCGGAAAGGAGUUUGACGAGAAGGAGAGUCGGGCUCUGUGGGAUUCCUUUAGCAAAUCUUCUGACCCGGAGGCUGUUCCAGACCUCAAUGCCGCUGUAGAGAAGGACGACUCUUUUUGGGAUGAGGAGGAGGAGGAAGAAGCCGGAGAGGAGUUUGACGAGAAGGAGAGUCGGGCUCUGUGGGAUUCCUUCAGCAAAUCCUCUGACCCGUACAACCCCCUCAGCUUCUCCGCCUGCAUCUCUACCUCAUCAGAUAACGAAAGCGAACGGAACGAGGGAGGCUACGCCAGCGAGGGCUCGGACCGGGACUCGGCCAGCCGCUCCGCCGGAGACGGCCCGGCGCCCCAACCUUUCGGGAGGUCCCGCCCGGACUGGGUCCGGCCCGGCUCGGACAGCGAGGGCGACUGGGACAGUUCCGACGACUCCGGCGGGGAGGACGACGACGACGAGGUGGAGGAGGAGAACGAGCGGCUCUGGGAGCUGUUCGCUAACCCGCUGGACCCCUACAACCCGCUGCACUUCACUGCUUGCGCGGCCAGCUCUGGCUCCGGCUCCAGCUCCAGCUCCGGGCCCAAGGGGAUGGAGGGGCCCGUGGAGCAGGACGGCCCGCCCGGACCCCAAACGAGCCGUCCGGCCCCCGUCCCCUCAGACUGCGCAGAGAGCGACGGGCCCUCCUGUUCAGACGAAGAGGAAGAGGAGGAGGAGGAGGAGCUGUGGAACUCUUUCGCGCAGAGCGCCGACCCCUAUCACCCCCUGCACUUCAGAGCCUGCCUCCAGACAUCCCCCACAGCCCGGGACAGGCCCAAAAAGCGGGGCGCGGCGGCCCCCGGGCUGCAGAGAGCCAGGCGCCCAAAGCCACGUUUGCCAAAGAGACACCUGAAGAGACACUGCUGUGUCCAGGCCUCCCAGGAGCCCCCCAGGAGGCUGACCCCGUGGAAGAAGCCGGGAAGCGGUCCCGAAACGCAUCUCCAAACGGCAGAGACACACGGCCCAAAAAAGGUGCGCUUCUCGCCGCUGGUGCGGGUGCACGUCAUGUGGGCGUGGUCCUACGCCAUGCAGGCGGUGCGGAGGGGACCCUGGGAAGAGAUGGCCCGGGACAGGGCUCGCUUCCAGCGGAGGAUUCAGGAAACGGAGCAGGCCAUUGGCUACUGCCUGCACCAAUCGCACAGGGAGAAGAUGCUGGACUGCCUGACCCGCAGGCAGAACAUGGCACCCGUGCUCAGACUGUGAACACAAAGGGAGACGAACCUGCUUUCUCAUCCGCCCUUACGGCGCUCAACUCUGAUUGGCCUGGCAGGGGGCACGCGGACCAAUCACAGCGUCCAAACACUGACCCGAACACUUCCUGUACCUCACUGGUGUGCUUGGCCACACAUUACAGCUGCACUGAUACUCUUAACUUAAAUUAUUUAUAGAUUUGUAUAUACACAUUGUGUACUUUUAUAUUACUUAUAGAUACGGCUUUGUACAUUACAUGCGUUUUAAGCUUCUAUUUUUGUGUUUUUAAUGACUGGAUAUUUUUGGAUCUAUUUUUUUGUAGAAACGUUACAGACACGUGGGAGUGCUUUGUCUUGGAGGCCUGUGGCUUUCCGUUGGUUGCAGAGUUAGCGGUGUUUCUGGAGGCGGAAAGGCUGACCCGCCAUUUCCUCUGUUCAUCACCCGCCAAUAAAGCCUGUCAUUUCAGA